GAUGCAAUAAAAAGAGAAAGCCAGCCCUCAAAGCAGGCAGAUGGGCUUCCUCAGGAGCCUCUUUUGUCACAUGAAAUGAAGGCUACAGCAGCUGCUCCCACCAGAAUCGAGGUCACUAUCCCAAUACCCCCAGAUAUGUACCAAGACUCCAGACCAUCUGAAGACAGCAGUGAGUUGUGGGACCAUCGAGGCAGAGAGGGCAUUGGUGUGGAUGAAGCACCAGGAACAGAACGAGGUCGCGAUGUGUGCACUGAGGGGUUGGCAGGAGCAGAUGUCACAGAUGAUUCCCAUAUUAAAGAUGGGACAUCUCCAUUAUACACCAGAGCUCCUUUAAAAGAAGAUGCCAGUGGACAGGAAAGAGAUGAGGACCGUGACAUUGAUGAAACUGCUCACCAGGAUUUGAUUUCCUUGGUGGGACAGCAUGUUUCUCCAGGACCUGAAGUGGGCUUCUGUCUAGCAACAGCCAAGGAAGCUCAUGAAGAACACGCUUUUGCAGAAAUCAAGGCCAAAGAUGUCUUCGGAGAUGUAUCAAGAGAGGCACUUCUUGUUGAAACGGAAACACACAAAGCAGGACAAGACCAAGAGGAGAGGAGACAGCCAUUGAAGGGGGAAGAAGAAACAGAUGUCACCCUGUUAGAGCCCUCUGAAAUCUCCCAAACCGAAGCUGAAGCUGGGGAGGGAGAGGACUCGGGACCCUUGCUAAAAAUAGCCAAACUCCCUGUUGGGUUAAAAGAUGAUGUGGAAGGCAAAGAUGCUCCUUUGGAAGAGGCUGUGCCGGAUACGGGAGGACGCCAGACACCCAAGAAGAAACUUGAUGCUCACAUUGCAGAGAAAGCAGGCAGUCGUGUUCCUCUCCUAAAAGCUCGUAUUGACAGCAAAGACAAGGAAGGGGCUGAGGAGAAGAAACCGAAGGGGCCAGAGAUGAGAGGUGGCACGAAGACAGCCACACCACGGUCUGCAGCGGGGCAGGCUCAGAGGAACUCGGCCAAUGCCACACGCAUCCCGGCAAAGACGCCCACGGCCCCCAAGACACCUCCCAGCUCCGGCAAAAAGGAGCAGAAAAAACCACCUCCUGCAGCAGCAAAGUCUGAGAAAGGUGAGCAGCCAAAGUCUGGAGACAGAAGUGGUUACAGCAGUCCCGGCUCCCCAGGGACUCCAGGCAGCCGUUCCCGCACCCCUUCUCUGCCCACCCCGCCGGCCAGGGAGCCCAAGAAGGUGGCAGUGGUUCGCACCCCACCAAAAUCUCCUGCCUCUGCCAAGAGCCGCAUUCAGCCGUCAGCUGCCCCCAUGCCUGACCUGAAAAACGUCAAGUCCAAAAUUGGCUCAACUGAAAACCUGAAGCACCAGCCUGGAGGUGGCAAGGUGCAGAUUAUUAAUAAGAAGCUGGACUUUAGCAGCGUUCAAUCCAAGUGUGGCUCAAAGGAUAAUAUCAAACACAUCCCGGGAGGAGGCAGUGUGCAGAUUGUUAAUAAGAAGUUGGACUUUAGCAGCGUUCAAUCCAGGUGUGGCUCAAAGGAUAAUAUCAAACACAUCCCGGGAGGAGGCAGUGUGCAAAUCGUUUACAAGCCAGUCGACCUGAGCCACGUGACGUCCAAAUGUGGUUCCCUGGGCAACAUCCAUCACAAACCAGGCGGUGGCCAGGUGGAGGUGAAAUCUGAGAAACUGGACUUCAAAGAUAAGGUGCAAUCAAAAAUUGGGUCGUUAGAUAACAUCAGCCACGUCCCUGGAGGAGGAAAUAAAAAGAUUGAGACUCAUAAGCUGACCUUCCGUGAGAACGCCAAAGCCAAGACUGACCACGGCGCUGAAAUCGUCUACAAGUCCCCCACCAUCUCCGGAGAUGCCUCCCCGCGCCGCCUUAGCAACGUCUCCUCCACCGGCAGCAUUAAUAUGGUGGACUCCCCCCAGCUGGCCACGCUAGCCGACGAAGUGUCCGCUUCGCUGGCCAAGCAGGGCUUGUGAUCGGGGCGUUGCGAGCGGAGAUGAGAGAAGACAAGGAAAGAAACAAAAGAAACAAAUAAUAAUCUGGCCUUCUUCCUCUGUUCCUUUUACAGCUGCUUCCCCGUCCCCUAACUGGUUAAUGAGUUAACCUGCUUUUACUGUUCAUUCAGCUCUAGCUCCAGGACUUCAAAAAUCAGUGACACUAUGAGGUACAAAACCUCCUCUCCCCCUGCUCCUCGGAGCGCACAGCCCUUGCCUGUCCCCUACUCCCUCCCCUCGUCCCCCCACUGUCCCGGCCUUGCCCGGAGCCCGGCUGUUGGGCGGC